UAUAUUCAUACAGAGACAAUCCAAUCUCAUCUUGAUUUUCAUCAUUUUAAUCUGUUUGAAAUUCUCUUGAUUAUUAUGGUGGUCGAAGAUAUUUUUGUUAAUGGUGCAUCAGGAACUCUGAAAAGGCUGGUUUCUGUUGUUGCAAGUGAGAUUAGUUUGGCUUGGGGUGUCAAGGAUGAGCUAAAAAAGCUUAGAGAAACAAUGGAGUUGAUCGACGCUAAAACAUCUGAUGCGGAUACGAAGCAGGUGAACAAUGCUGAAGUUUCAAUUUGGUUAAAGAGACUUAAGGAUGCUGCUUAUGAUGAUGAUGAUGUUCUGGAUGAAUUUUCAUAUGAAGCUAUGCGUCGAUUUGAAAUGAACAGUAAGCCUAUAUAUAUUCCCAUUAGUGGAUUUUGGAUACUUACAAAGGUCUUCCUCAUCGUGAUGAUUCCGACAAUAAAGUUACUGUUGAAAGUGAAGAACAGCAGAAGUAGGUGUUGAAUCGAGUGCAUGCAUACCUAUUAGCUCCAGAUACAUUUUAAGGAAAAGCAAUAAAAGAGGAUCACAGGUUCCGCAGCACUUUCUUGGCAUAUAUUUUCACAGUAGAUGCGACUCUCUCUACAAGGAACCAUGUGAUCAUUGAAAGCAAUAACAAGAUCUUUCGAGUUUUGACUAAUGUCUUUCAUCAGCAGAUACAACUCUUCAAGACAUACUUUUAUUUCCUCAAUGAAAACCGUCUCACAACACAAUAUAUACAACAAAAUCGUCGCCAUGUAAAGAUUGCAUAUAGUUUUCUUUUGGUCUCUUAUUCGUGGUUAAACUACUUGAUCGGAAUUUUACCUAUCACUACCAUUU